AGCUUCCACACGACACAUGGAGCAAACAGAGGAGUGGAGAAAACGGAUGGCCCAAAGCCCAAAGGCUAGUAAAGCAACGGCCGGGGAGGUCAAAGCAGCAAACCAAGUGCAAAAGGUCCUCGCAAUAUGGCACAAGCACAGACCACCUACCAUAUAUACCAUCGUUAACACGAGACAUCACGUAGUAUAAACGGCCUCCUUCGGGGACACCACGACUCACAAACACGCACCGCAUAUGAAAGCGCGCGCGCGCCCACCGCACCACGCACGCAGGCACACGAAGAGCCCCGCUCGUACGUGCUCAUGGCUGUCGAGGCAGGAGCGGCGUUACAUGAAGCGGUGAGUGCCCUGGCGUGCUCGCUGCACCCGCGCGUCGCCGCCGUCUUCUUCAUCUCCGCGGCGUGCACGGUUGCCCUCGCCGCCCUCCUGGCCGUGGCGCGCAUGCGCCCGCCGUGGUGGUGCGCGUGCCCGGUCUGCGAGGCCUACCUGACGGCGUCGUGGACCGGCGACUUCGACAACCUCUGUGACUGGUUCGCGCACCUGCUGCGCAGCUCUCCGGUGCAGACCGUGCACGUGCACGUGCUCCGGAACGUGCUCACCGCCAACCCGGUCACCGUCGACCACAUGCUGCGCGUCCGCUUCGAGAACUAUCCCAAGGGGGCGCCCUUCUCGGCCAUCCUUGCCGAUUUCCUCGGCCGCGGGAUUUUUAACGUCGACGGGGACGCGUGGCUCUUCCAGCGCAAGCUCGCCGCGGCCGAGCUAGCCUCCCCGGCUCUGCGUGCCUUCGCGGUGCGUGUCGUGGCCUCUGAGCUGCGGAGCCGCCUCAUUCCUCUGCUUCACUCUGCCUCCCGAGAAGGCAGCGGCAAGGUUCUCGACCAGCAAGACGUGUUCCGCCGGUUCGCCUUCGACUGCAUAUGCAAGAUCUCUUUUGGUCUCGACCCCGGCUGCCUCGAGCUUUCGAUGCCGGUGUCCUCCUUCGUGCAUGCGUUCGACACAGCCUCGACGCUCUCUGCCAGGCGCGCGACCGUGCCCAUGCAAAUAAUCUGGAGACUGAAGCGGUUCCUGAACGUCGGGGAUGAAAGGAAGCUUAGGGACGCGGUACGCCUCGUCGACGCGCUCGCCGAGGAGGUCAUCCGACAGCGUCGCAAGCUCGGGGGCGCAGCCUCGGGCAGCGACCUUUUGUCUCGCUUUAUGGGAUCAAUCAACGACGACAAAUACCUCCGCGACAUCGUCGUCAGCUUCAUUCUCGCCGGCCGCGACACCGUCGCCUCUGCUCUAACCGCCUUCUUCUUGCUCCUCUCCGAUCACCCAGAGGUCGCCACCGCCAUCCGGGAUGAGGUUAGCCGCGUCGCCGGCGACGACGACCGGCUCACCGCCUCAACCUUCGACAAGCUCAAAGACAUGCACUACGUGCACGCCGCGCUGUACGAGAGCAUGCGGCUGUUCCCGCCUGUGCAGUUCGAUUCCAAGUUCGCCGCCGGCGACGACAAGCUCCCAGACGGCACGGUCGUCGCGAAGGGCACCCGGGUCACCUACCACGCCUACGCCAUGGGCCGCAUGGAGUCGGUGUGGGGGCCCGACUGCGACGAGUUCCGACCGGAGCGAUGGCUCCGGGACGGCCAGUUCGUCCCUGAGAGCCCGUACCGUUACCCUGUAUUCCAGGCCGGCGCGCGCGUCUGCAUCGGCAAGGAGCUGGCCCUCAUGGAGAUGAAGGCCGUCAUCGUCGCCGUCGUCCGGAGAUUCGAUAUCGAGGCGAUCGAGCGGAGCUCUCGCCGGCCCAAGUUCGCGCCGGGGCUUACCGCCACGUUCGCGGGCGGGUUACCGGUCAGAGUGCGCCGGCGAGCACGUGUUAGCCCGCCAAUCAAAUGAACAGAAUAAAGAAGUGUUGGUGCCAUAACGAUUCGUUCUUCUA